CUUUUAAGUCAAUCUGAGAAAAAAAGAAACAUCUGAAAACCAAAAGAAACAGAGAGAGAGAGAGUCGAAAGAAAAAAUCCACAUCAAGAGAGAGCAACAACAAUGGUGGACGUGAUACCAGAACACAUCAAAGAUGUGUGGGACAGAUGGAACAUAAGAGGAGCAAUCAUUCUGAGCCUCACCCUCCAAGCAAUUCUCAUCUGCUUCUCUCCUCUGAGGAAACGCACACCAAGAAGACUCUUGAUCAUGCUCGUUUGGUCCUCUUACCUCUUAGCAGAUUGGUCUGCUAACUUCGCCGUUGGUCUCAUCUCCAAGAACCAAGGUAAAGAACUCAAGAAAGAUGACCCUCCACAGGACAAGAAGCUCAUGGCCUUAUGGGCACCAUUCUUGCUCUUACAUCUUGGUGGACCAGACACUAUCACAGCUUUCGCCCUUGAGGACAACGCUCUUUGGCUCAGACAUGUCUUUGGACUUGUCUUUCAGGCAAUUGCUGGUGUUUACGUUGUUCUUCAGUCUAUCCCCAAUAGCCUCUGGUUGAUAAUACUCUUAGUGUUUAUCUCCGGGACUAUAAAGUAUCUAGAGAGGACAACGGCUUUGUAUAGUGCUAGUUUGGAUAAGUUUAGAGACUCUAUGAUUCAAGCACCGGAUCCAGGACCAAACUACGCCAAGCUCAUGGAGGAGUACAAGGCCAAGAAAGAGGCAAGACUACCCACAAAGAUCAUUCUCAUUGAUGAGCCUGACAAGGAGAAUAGGCCUAAGAAGUUGGUGCAUCCAGCACAAGCCUCGGAGAAAAGAAAAGAAAAGAGUAAGUUGACUGACCUUGAGAUUGCUCAGUAUGCUUACAAGUUCUUCAACACAUUCAAGGGUCUUGUGGUCAACCUUAUCUUCAGCUUCAGGGAGCGCGACGAGAGCCUAGAGAUCUUUGAGAAUCUUACUGAUCCAGAGGAAGCUUUGAGGAUCAUUGAAGUUGAGCUUGGAUUCCUCUAUGAUGCUCUGUUCACCAAGGUCGCUGUUCUUCACACCGUUAUCGGAACUAUAUCACGGGUGGUUGCUUCAGGGACCCUUGUGGCAGCUUUCAUCCUCUUUCAUAAGAAACCAAACAAAGGCAGUGAGUUUCAUCCAGCUGAUGUUGUGGUUACUUACACGCUGUUUGCAGUUGGCUUAGCUUUGGAUCUCAUAUCAAUCCUCUUGUUUCUGUUUUCUGACUGGACUUGUGCUGCACUUAGUAGCUUGAAGGACGACCCCGACGAAGUUCUAUCACCGAAAGAUCAGUUUUUCAACUGGCUUCUUAGUCUCAGAAAGCUUAGUUGGACGAUGCAAGAGUGUAACAAGGAAGGUGAUGAUAAGUGUUCAAAGCAUGAAGUGCUGACGACUGGAUUCUUCCUCAGGAGAUGGUGUGGAAGCAUUAACGUGUUUAACUUCCUAGCCUACGCCACAAAUGCAGAGGUAGCGAGGAUCCACGACGCAAGAGGUAAACUCCGCCGCUACGCAUGGACUGCCUUCACUUACCCAUUUGAGAAGCUUAGCUUUAUCAUCCAAACACUUGGUGGAUGGGUUCCCAAGUUGAUCAACGCUGUGCACAGGAGGAUCAGCCACAAAGUCAAUGAAACAUCAAGAAAACAUCCUUGGGCUCGUAGUACUAUCUACCCUUUCUAUUUCGGGUUCCUUUCCCGCAUUCCUCAUUUCAUCAAGUUUGUGUGGGAUAAGUUCAGCGACUUCUUCGACAUCUCGGAUAUGCUUGACAUGGUUUACAAGACGCUGUUUGUGCACGGAGAGCCCAUGACUAAAGAACUCUGGGCGUUCAUGUUCAAUGAGCUCAAAUACAAGUCAAAGUUUGGUGACAGUCCUGAGAAUGCUAAAAGGAUAUCUCUGGCUCGAGGGCAAUGGACUCUGCGAGACAACCUUCCAGAGGAUGCAGACAUGGAGAAGCUGGUGGGUUAUGUAACAAACUUUGAUUAUGAUCAGAGUCUUUUGAUGUGGCACAUUGCAACCGAGCUCUGUUACCAACAGGAAGAGACUAUCCCUGAGGGAUAUGCUAAAAGUAAGCAUUACAGCAACCGUGAGUUCAGCAAAAUCAUUUCAGACUACGUGAUGUAUCUCCUGAUCAUGCAACCUGGUCUGAUGUCCGAGGUUGCUGGAAUUGGGAAGAUCAGAUUCAGAGACACGAUGGCCGAAGCUGACAAGUUUUUCCACAGGAGGCAUAUUGAGAACGUUAGAGAUGUGAAGAUAGCUAGCAAGACGAUCCUUGACGUUAGUAGUGAUAUUGAUCCGAUGGGUGUUAAGGGAGAUCGAAGCAAGUCUGUGUUGUUUGAUGCUAGCAGGUUAGCUAAAGACCUUAGGCAGCUGGAGGAGAGGUAUGGCAAAGACAAAUGGGAGAUACUGAGCAAAGUGUGGGUGGAACUGCUCUGUUAUGCAGCUUGUCAUUGCGAUUCUACAGCUCACGUGGAGCAGCUUAGUAGAGGUGGUGAGCUGAUCAACUUUGUUUGGCUUUUAAUGGCUCACUUUGGAUUAACAGAUCAGUUCCAAAUCAACAAAGGAGAUGCCAGAGCGAAACUCAUAAUAGGCAAGUGAUCAAAAAACACAUUUCUUGGUGUUUUUUUCAUUCUUGCAUUGUAGUUUUCUACUUUCUCUGCACAACUAUGAACUCUUUUCUGCAUAGAAAUGUUGUUGACAUUGUAUGUUUUAUGAUAGAACCUUUUUUUUUUUAAUGGUGGUUUCUUUAUGAUGGAACCUUGUGAUGUCUA